GGAGAAGCACUAUUUGGCGCUGAAGAAUGCCGAAAGCGAGGUCGAUGAACGCGUUGCCGCGCUGCAGACCGAGCUGCGCGUGAAGCAAGAACUGUUGGGCGAGGGCGAGAAAAAUCUCAAGAAACUCGAAGCAGAAAUGGACGAACUGAGGGGUGAUCUGCGUCAACGGGAUUUGAAGGUAGCCGAGGGUGAAACCGGCAUGAAGGUGGUGCUCCAGGAGAAGGAUGCCACGAUCGAGAAACUGAAACAGCAGGUGACUGAUUUGGAACAGAAGCUUACCCUCGAUACAGGAACUCGCUCGACGUUGGAAGAGGAACUAACGGUAGCGAAACGAGCGGCGACAGAACUUGAGGUAAACCGUGUCGGCAAUGAAAAGCUGUUGCUAGAACUGCAGGAGAAGCUGGCAACGUGUGAGAAGAAUCUGCAGGCUGAGAUUAAUAUGCGCCACGAGAAGGAAUCGAUGAGCAUUCGUAUGCAAGCGCAACUGACGGAUCUGGGCACAUCGAACGAUGAAAAGACGGCUCAAUUAGAGGCCAAACAGGAAGCAUUAGCCAACAGCAAGCAGCAGCUAGAAGUGCUGGAAGCUGAUCGUCUGAAGCUACAAGCGGACCUGAAAGCAUUGCGUGAAACGGUCGAACAGACGCGCGCUGAGUCGGAGGAAAAGUCGACCGAACUGCAGGCCAGGAUCGAUGCAGAUCGAGCGAACCUCGAGGCGACCAAAAAGCAACUACAUGCUGCGGAGCAGGAAAAUCUAGCCAAAGAUAAGCAACUUGAGGAAGACGAGGUCCUAGUGGCAGCGCUACAGAAGGAACUCAAGGAGCUGAACGGUGCAAACGCCACGCUCAACCAGGAACUGUCGGCCAUCAAGAACAGUUUUGCUGAUAAAGAUGGUACAAUGGCAAAGCUGCUUGAGGAGAAAACUGCUCUGGAAUCUCAACUGCAGUCCACCAGUGCGGAAGCUGCAGAGAAAUUGAAACAGCUGGAAGAAGAGCUAGCACAACGCGAAGCAUCUUGGCGCAAGGAUGAGGAACAGAAGGCUGCCCUUACAAAACAGGAACUAUCCGAACGCGAUACUAAGUUAGAGGAGCUCAGAGUCGCAAUGGAAGAACGCCAAAAACUUCUAGAUGCAGCGGAGCAAACGGUGAAGGAAUUACAAGAAAAAAUUAAAGAAACCGAUGCAGGUCUUGCGUCUAAAUCGGCUGACGCACAGCUCUUCGAACAACAGUUGGUAAGUUUGCGAGCGGAACUUUCCACAAAAGAGGAUCAGAUAGGCAAGCUCAAUGCAGCUCUCACCGAGGCCAGCAGCCGCUUAGAGGCUGGCGAGCAGAAGCUGACCGAAGUGCAAGAACAUUUCGGUAAGCUGGAGAUCGAGCAUGCCGAUUUGCGGCGCAAAAUGGAAGCACUGGAACAAAAAUCGUCGCAAGUGCAGGCCCAGAAGGCAGAGCUGGAACAGGAACUGCAUACGCUUCGAUCCAGCACGCUCGAUUCCAACUCGGAACUGGCGAAGGUUAGCGAAGAGCUGAAAGCGAAACAGCGUGCAUUAGAAGAAUUGCAAGACAGCUACAAUACCUUCAAGAUCGAUAACGAACGCCGGGCGGAUGAGAGUGCUCAGAGCAAUGCCAGUUUACAGGAGCAAGUCGUGCGUUUGCGCCAAGAGAUGCAACAGAUCACCGAUCAAAAGAUUAUCCAGGAGAACGAGCUGAACACGGAGCUGCGCAAGAUCAAGGAGAUGGCCGAACAGGAGAAGGACAAUCUCGUACGUGAGAUUGCUGCCCUCCGAGCAAGCUUCGAAGAGGAAACGCUACGGUUGAGGAAUGAGUUGGCGGAUAGUGGAGCAAAAGAAGCAUCACUGAAGGAUCAAUUGGCGGCCCUACAGACGCAACAUGAGCAAUCCUUCGUCCAACAAAUGGCCGAACUGGAAAGGAUCCGUACGGAACGUACCCAGGAGCAGGAAGCUAGCGAAGCACGUGCCAAGGAAGCGACCGAGCGUGAGGAAAAGCUCAAGAAACAGUUGGAAGAGAUGAGGGCAGAGUUGCAACAAUUCUCACACAAUCUGGACGUUCUCCGUAAGGCUUCUGAGCAGGGUUCGGCCGAGCUAUCGAGACAACUGGAACAAAAGUCCGCAACCAUUGCCGGAUUGGAGAAGGAGUUGGGACAGCAGCGAACUCAGCUAGACGAGCGAUCAAAAGAUGUGGGCGAGAUGAUCGAGAAGCUGGACGCGAGCGCCAAAGCACAGUCGGAGUUGCUAAAACAGUUGGCCGACAGUCAGGAGCAGGUGCUGGUUUUGAGCAAAGCGAAGGAGGAAUCGGAAAAGGCCUGCCAGGAAACGCGCAAACAGCUGGAUGAACUUAAUAGUACGUUCGGUGAGAUGGAGGAAGAGCAAGUGGAUUUGGUUAGCCGUGAGGAAACGUUAAAGAAAGAGCUGGCGCAACUAGAGGAACGUAUGCAGGGCUCCGCCAGUGAGCACCUUAACCAGCUCGAGCUGCUAAACAGUAAAAAC